AUGCAGCGUCUAGCACAAGCACAAACCAUCCUCCCCCGCCCCCGUGCUGGGGUUUCGGGGGGCUUUCUGCGGGCGCUAGCGGAGCCUCUGGUGCGGUUCAUGGCAGCAGCACCGCAAGCGAGUGCUUCUCCUGCAGCAGGAGCUCCAGCAGCAGCAGCAGCAGCAGCAGCAGGAGCAGCAGGAGCAGCAGGAACAGCAACCCUGUCUACGCCACAAACAGAGCUGCAGCAGCAACCAUAUUACCAGCAGCAGCAGCCUGCUGCUGCUGCUUACCGCAGAGAACAUGUCGUCGUGCUGGGUACCGGCUGGGCGGCUGUUAACUUCUUCAGAAACCUCGACCCAGAUAAAGAACAUGUCGUCGUGCUGGGGACGGGCUGGGCGGCUGUUAACUUCUUCAGAAACCUCGACCCCGAUAAGUGA